UAAGGCGGCCGGCGCCGGUGCUCGGCGCAGAGCCGAGGAUGAAGCGGCGCGGCGAGCGGAGGGUCGUGCCGCCGCCGAGGCCCCCGGGGGAGGGUCCCGCGGCCCGGGCUUCAGACCCCCCUGGGGGCUCCCCGCGGCCCAGGCGGAGUUGGCCAUCUUGGUUUUUCAAAACCCUAAUUCUGCUUCUCUUCAUUAUUUAUGUUUCCGUACCAUUCCUUAUACGUCUCUUUCCUGCACUGUUGGCCAAGUUUGUCUUUCUCAAUAUUGUGGCAUUUCCCUUUGUGGACUUUGGGAAGCCUGAAUUGCUGCUGAACCAUACUGUAAACUUCUAUCUCACAACCGAACCAGAGGUCACCAUCGGCGUCUGGCAUGUUUUGCCUGGCAGCAGGGGGAUAGAAGCUCAAGGGAAGGACCACAGCUGGUAUGAAGAAAGUCUUGCAGACAAUAAUCCCGUUAUAAUUUAUCUCCAUGGCAAUGGAGGUAACAGGGCUUCAGGGCACCGAGUUUCCUUGAUGAAGGUGAUGAGUGGUGCAGGCUUCCAUAUACUGGCUCUUGACUACAGAGGGUAUGGGGACUCUAGUGGCUAUCCAAGUGAGACUGGAUUUACUACAGACGUCAUGUACCUCUAUGACUGGGUAAAAGCCCGGAGUGGAAAUAGCACAGUGCUCUUCUGGGGACACUCCUUGGGUAGUGGAGUAGCAACAAAUGUUGCAAGGAAACUGCUUGAAGAAAAAGGCAUCCAGGUAGACUUGAUCGUUCUGGAAUCCUCAUUCACCAACAUUCGGGAGGCAGCAGCUCAUAUCCCCAUUACCAGAAUCUACCGUAAAUUCCCAGGAUUUGAGUACUUAAUCCUUGACUCAAUGGCGUUGGGUGACAUAUUUUUCCAUAAUGAUGAGAAUGUUAAAGUGCUGUCCAGUCCCCUUUUGAUUUUGCAUUCAGAAGAUGACCCUAUCUUGCCCAUCCACCUGGGUAGAAAGCUCCUUCAGAUUGCUCUCCGCUCCUAUGAGAACAAAGACAAGGUCAAGUUUGUUGCCUUUCCAGAGAAGCUGGGUUUAGCCCAUGAAAACAUCUGUUCAGAUCCAGAAUUACCAGACCUUGUGAAAGACUUCUUGAAGAACCUCAAAUGAUACCAGCUACUGCAAUGUAUGUUAAUCACCAUGGGCACACUUACAGCUGCAGCCACAUCAUGGCAGAGACUUUCAACAAAAACUACACAAAGUCAAUUUGAUUUUAAUCAGCAAAUGGACUAAAUACACUGGUGUAGACAGACCUGCUACUGGCAAAAUAGCUUCCCCCUGCCCCAAGCUGUACCCAGGUAGGAUAAAUAGUUUAGAAUAAGGGGAAAAAAAGCUUAGUGUAAAGUAAAGAGCUCAAAAUUAAUGUAAGCAGUUUCUGAAGCAAUAAGCCCCUCUAUGGCUAUUUACAGACAUCACAUCUCUGAGACUCUAAAUUGCAGUCAAGGUACUAGUCAGCACUUAAAGUCCAAUUCUAUGCUCCUAGGGCUUCAUCUUAACACCUUUUAGUAGGAACAGGGUGCUUUAAUAUCUGGAGUAUGACUAUGGGGUAGUGAUGAGGCCAGUGUUUGUAGAAGUUAGGGUGGCCAUGCCAACAGCUAACCAUGAAAUCUUCCAAUUCUAAAAGUGGAGGGCUAGAAAGGAUCUUGAGUGUUUGUAUGAAGGUGGGGAGGUAAUUAUCCUGCUCUCAGUACUCCUGCUGAGGCCUCAUUAGGGCUAAGUCCAGUUCUUUAGGAAAUUGGAACCUAUGGGAGAACAAAGUGAUCAAAAAGGUUAGAACUGUGCAUGCUUAGUCUUGAGGAAAGGUAAUAGUUAAGGGCAGUUUCAAAAAGGACAAUGUUCUGUGCCCACUGCAGUUACAACACUUAGUAAUAGGCUUAGUUUGCAGCAAGGGAGGUUUUGGUCAGUUUUUCCUAAUACUGAAACAAUCACCCUUGCUCCUGAGGACCCCUCUUACUACUUGUGCAUGUCCACUGUAUGUAGAACUGACUGACCAGCCCCUAGUAGUGAGACUGGUUAGGCCUGAUUUCCUUCCUCCCUCCCUCCCUACUUCCCUUGUGACAGUUUUGUAACAUCUGACUUGAGGACAGGUACAGUAAAAUAGCCUGGAUGAGUCUACACAAGCAACCCCAGGUUCUGACUUUAGGCUUAAGUAAACAGUGAGUGCAUGGGAUAUUUCAAUUGGCACUUUUAUUCCAGCACUGAAAGCAAACAGCUGUAUUUGAACAUUAAGGUUUCUCUGAUUCAAGGUAUUAGAAAAGACAAUAAAAAGAUAUCCACUAAA